GGAAUCUCCUCUUCCCCCCCCCCCUCUACCCGCUCUGUCGGAGCAUGGCUCAGGAGACCAAUCAGACGCAGGUGCCAAUGCUUUGCACUAUGGGAUGCGGUUUCUAUGGUAACCCCCGCAACAACGGCAUGUGCUCGGUCUGCUACAAGGAACACCUGCAGAGACAACAGGGAGGGGGGCGAUCCAGCCCGCCUGAAGAGAAAGCAGCUACGUCACCAGCAGGUUCGCCGGGCUCGUCUGGCGUGACUGUGGAGAGUACGACCUCAGAGCCCAGCGCGCAAGUGGCGGGAACCCCCCCGGAGGAGCAAACGGCCAGCCCCAGCUCCCCGAGCCCCGUCACUCAGCAGAUGACCGCCAUGAGCAUCUCCCACGAUUCGGGAGCCGCGGACUCGGACCGAGCGGAGGCGGAGGAGGGGGAGGAGGAGGAGGAGGGCACUUCCAACAGCUCAGACCCGGUGGAGGAGGCGGCGCAGGCUUUGUCUGAUAAUGACCAAACUCCAGAUAAAAACAAGAAGAAGAACCGCUGCUUCUCAUGCCGGAAGAAAGUGGGCCUUACUGGUUUCGACUGUCGCUGCGGGAACCUGUUCUGUGCCAUUCACCGCUACUCCGACAAACACGACUGCCCCUUCGACUACCGGAGCGCCGCCGCCGCCCGCAUACGCAAGGAGAACCCCAUCGUGGUGGCGGAGAAGAUCCAGAAGUUAUGAGGAGCGCGUGCAAACCACCAACAACAACAACAAACGACAAACAAAGAAA